AUGUCUAGCUCGGCGCCAAAACCUGAUGGACUCCACCCUAUAGUGGAGUUGAACUUCAAAGGUGUUUUUCUUAGAAAUCCUUUCUCGUAUAACCAUGGUAUCAAUCCCAUUUUCAAUGAUCACGAUUUUUCUGGAAUGACAUAUGGUGAAUGUAUCACCUUUUUCAAACGGUUCAUGCAAGAAAGUAUAAAGAAGUUAUACUAUUGUAAACCAGGUAAGCCCUUAAUGUUUGGGAUAAUUUCUGUCGCUAAAGAUGAAGACUAUGGUGGUUUCAUUUUUCAAGCAUAUGGGACAGAUGGUAAACUUUAUAUGUAUGUAGACCAUGAUGGUCAAGGAAUAGAAGAUUGGUUUGGUUCUGAAAUAGAAAAGGAGGAUGGAGAUGAUUCAUGCUUUGAUGGUGGUGAGAAUGAGGACGAAAUUGAUAACCUAACAGAUUUAGAUGUGGACUUUAAUGAGGACAUAGUCACUACGAAUAGGACAAAGGGUGAUGAAUUUCUAAAUAGAUUAUGUGGCAAAGAGGAAGAGGGAAAUGAUAACAACAUAGAUGAUGAUGAUGAUGGGCGUGAAGAGGAUGCCAAUGUAACUCAAAAACAUUCCAUUUUUAAUGAGUUUGUUCCAUGGAAAAAGCAGUUCCCAAUACUUGGUAUGCGGUUCAAAGAUCCAACUCAAUUAAACUUAAUGUUAUGCAACUAUGUUGUUGCGAAUGGGUACCAACUUGGCUUUGAGAAAAAUGAUAGGAAAAUAUUGUUGGUUAAGUGUUGCAAGGGUGUAGCUGAAACACUCAAGGAGGAUGAUGAAGGUAAUCAAGUUAAUGCAAUGAAUGAAGGUAAUGAAGUGAAUGGGGGUGAGCAAGCAGUAAAUGAUGAUGGAGGAGUAGUAAAUGAUGGUGGAGAAGCAGUCAAUGAGGUGCAUAUGCAACAAGACUAUGAUGAGGUGGAACUCAUUCCUUUUGAGUUUGAUGCAUCAGGAAAUGGAGAACCUAGUCAAGUUCAUGUGCAAGAACAUGAGGCUAGAGAAACACCAGGUGCAACCUUAUUUAAGAAAAUCAAGAGGAAGAGAUCUGAAAGGAUUAUCAAGUUGAAGCUGGGCAAGAAAGUUGGUGGUGCAGAUGCACCUGGGAAUUCAGAAGCUAAACAUGUUACUUUAGAAUAA